AUGGCAGUUGCCGCCACCAAGUUCGCUGACUACCUGGUCCAGGAGUGUAGGUCCCUGGUGGCUACACAAUGCUGGGAAAUUUGCAUGGCUGACAAAGCAGACGGAAAGGAUCUUGAUGGACAAAAGGAUUUGAUGGGAAAAUGCUUCCAUGGAUCGGCUGGCUAUGGUUCGUGCUUAACCAAUUUGAUUGAAGGGAAGGGCGAUUAUGCAUCGCUGUUUGACCGUAUGGCAAUUGAAAAUAAUCGAGAAGGAAAUGAGCUCAGGAAAGAUGGUCACUCGCUGAUUCUGCGAGACCUGGUUUCCUGUGAUGAGUCAACCACAUUCUGUGUCCUCUCUAGAGGCUUUACGCGAGAGGCACUGGCCAAGACAAAAGGAGAACUUAUUCAGGGAAGAAAAGUCUAUGAUAGAGGCAACAGAUGCAUCGCCAACUACAAAACUGCUCUCAAAUACCACGACGAAUUUUGUCCAAAGUCUUCUCCAGAACCGUAUCCUUCUGGUAAAGGCUUGGAUGACAUGUUGAUGUACGUUCGACAGAGAAUGUAUAUGUUGCUCAAGGGGGCAAAGAACAAAGAUGGCGCAAGACGUGUGAAGAAAGACAUGGACAGUUUCACUGCAGAACAAAUGCCUGAGAAGUACAUGUUCGAAGGGUAUAUGGUGUUUGUCUUGUGGGGACCAAAAGCUCUCUGUGGCAAGACUCUGAGUUGCCUAUCAGAGGAUGGAAAGAAAGUCGAGAAGGUUGGACGAGCUGCCAUCAGAGAGAAGGAACUCAAGAUUAAGCAACUUGAACGUUCAAGCAAUGAAGGCG